GUUUUUUUUUCCCUUCGAUUGUCAACACGCACCCCAUAUCAUUGUGCUCGCUGCUCCAAACGACAAUGCCGUUGUGAACACGGCCAUUGUGCUCCUCUCUGAAGAUCAAUUUGCUGCGCUCGGGUGCAUUUUCCCCCCCAUCAGCUGCGCCCUCGUCGGCCCUGCUCUCGAAUAUAAAUAGCUGGCCACUCCCCCCGCCACGCCACGCCAGGUGCCUCCAGCUGCCCCUCUCGCACUCUUCGCCUCAUCCCGCCAACUAUCACCAACUACCUCAUUUACGAACCAUCACUCUCUAGGCCCCGACACGGCUCACGCCUCGUCGCUCACUCUCUUUGAAACUCCCUCGGAGGGUUGAUGAGCUUUGUUCCUGUACAGCUCUUGGGUAUAACGCCACCUGCACACUCCUCGUGUAACAAUUUGCCCACCUCUGGUCCCUGAGACCAUCCGCCUUUGCACCAGUCCCUCCUCCCAGCAGACGGCCCACUCUGCUGCUCAUUUUGUGUUCUCCGACUGCCUCAUUCUUGACCGCAGAUUCAAUGCCUGUCAAGGGAUCACGGGGCGGCAGGGGCGCAAAGAGCCCCAACCGCGUCCAGAAGACUGCCUCGCCCGCCAGAGCCACCCGUUCUCGCCAGCGGUCGCGCUCCAACUCGCCUCUGGUGCAGCAGCACCUCGAGGAGGCUGCAGGCGCUCAGCAGCGCCGAACAAAAUUGCCUAAAGGCCGGGCUACCCAGUUCUCCGGGUCCUCAUCGAGGGCUAGCAGCCCUCCCAGCACCUCCAGAAGCUCUCAGGAGCCUGACGAUGAUCGGAAGCAGACGACCACAAAUUCUUUCAAGCCCGUCAACGCCCCGGCGGCACCAAUGGCUGACAUGGCAGACAUGGUCGCCGACGCCAUCACCGUUGGGGCGAAUGGCAACCAAGAUCAAAAUCUUGGCAUUCCUGCCAGCAGUGGCGACUCCAAUCUGCCGGCUCUCCGAUAUCAUGAGCCCUCCAGACGUGUCCGACGAGCACCCUCGACGUCAUCCUUCUCUUCUGAACUCAACGACGAAACUCACGACAGCCCGGCUUCCGGCCAGCAGGGCUUGACCGCGGAGGAGAUGGUCCGGAAGACUUAUGGCGAUCGCCCUCGGAUUGAGAGCGCGCAAUGCAUCAAGCUCGCGCAGGAGCCCGCCCGUCGCGAACCUAUCCAGCGGCGUCCUGGUCAGACGCUCAAUCUCGACCGUCGGAGCAACGUCGAGGCGCUCCUGUGCCAUGUUGUCGGCACGCCGGCGACGCAGCAGUGCAAGAACUGCCGCAAGGGCCACGGCCCGUGGAACAGCUGCGUCGUGCACGAUGGGCUUAUGUGCAGUAGCUGCUCGAAUUGCUGGUUCAACGCUAGCGGUGCGCGGUGCACCUUCCAUGUCCCCGACAACACUGGCAGUCGCCAGCAAGGCCAUGGCCUGCCUCAGGCCGCCCCAGUUCCGGCUCCGGUUCCGGUUCAGGCCCAGGUGCAGCCACACCAGGUGAUGCCGGCCCCAGUCGCCUAUGUCGCUCACCAGCAGCAACCUGCCACCUUCCAGCAGCCUGCCAACACUCGGGAGGAUGCUCGUCCCCUCCGCCCUGGCGACAUUACACAGUAUCGCAUGCCCGAAGCUGCCCAGCGCGCCAUGUCUCGCGGCCUCAACGGCGCUGUUGUGGCCAACCAGGAGCAACGCCUUCUCGCCCGUAUCGAAUCCGCUGCUAAGGAACUCGGAAUGCGAAUCGCCGAGUACGACGAACACAUGAGAAACGUCCAUCGCCCGACCGCGCCUACGGGCGCCCCACCAUCAUCGGUGCAGAACCCGCAGCAGCAGUAGAACAGCGCUGGUGGUGUCGCCACCUCUGACAACUUGAACAGCGCUCGUGGCGUUGCCGCGUCUCGCAACUCCAACAGCCCUCCUGGUGGUGUCGCCACCUCUGACAACUUGAACAGCACUCGUGGCGUUGCCGUCCUUCGCAACUCCAACAGCGCUCCUGGUGCCGGUGACACCGCCAGACCCCGCUUCACGUACAGUCGUCAAGGCCCCGACGAAAAAAUCCUUCGCGCCCUCGAGCGUCGAUGGCUCGGCCACAACCCCGAAUCUGGGACUACUAAGCGACGUCUUGUAGGCCGCCGACUGCUGCCUUCUCUGCAGCAACCCUACCUGUACCUGUCUGCCUGCAGCUUUCUGCCAGCUGUACACCACAUGAGCUUUGCAUUACGACGUUAUGAACAUUGCGAUGCAUUUCCAUCGCUGCGAUACCCCAUUUGCGCAUUUCCGAAUGUCUGCGUCUUACCACCCCGUGGGAUGACGCCCAAACAAAGGCGUGCGCGUCUUGUUUCGAGAGCAUUGCGGGUUUCACGAAUUGUGCUUUUUUUCCUUUCAUAAUCUGUCUCAGACUUGAUUGACUCUGCGACGUUCUGAACCCAUCUCCACGGGCCACACGGGCCGUCGAUUGAAGGAUGUUGGGCGUUGUAUGUGGGAGAAUCGGCUGUGGGCGUGUUCCACGGGGGCACUAUGGUUUGGCUCAUUCACUCUGGAUCUAUCAAGGCCGGGGUCCCAUGUCUCCUUUCUUUCUUUCAUGAGUCUGUUCAUCCUGGAGAGCAGUUGUCCUGUACAUUAGUACUUCUGGUUGUUGCUGACUAGGUAAGCACCAAGCACACCCCUACCCGUGGGUCAAUGCCAGGUGUCAGUCUUGGUCGGCCACCGGUCAAGGAGGAUGGAUUCGGGGUUACUUGAAGGGGUCUGGACAUGUCAAUGAUUCUUUUUGCUUGCGCUUCUGAUUGUCGAGUUCGUCUCGUGACUUGUGUG